AUGCCUAACGACUGUAGACGUGCCAUGAAUUCUUCUGAAAUUAUAUACAAAACUCAACCUCCAAAUUUAAGAUUUGAAUUCUUAGAUGACAAUUCAACAUUUCAAUGGGGAGAACUAGGGAUAUCAAGAAGUUACUUGAAAGGAAGAUUAAAUUUUGGUAGAAAAAUUAAUGUCACUUUAAUCGAAUUAACACUUAAAGGAAUUGAAGAGGCAAAUUACAUCCCCAGUAAAGAACCUCUCGAGUACUAUGAUUUCAAGUUUCCAUUAAAUUCAAAUUUAUCUAGUUCUUUCUUAAUCGCUGACAAAGAAAAAAAU